AUGCUUUCCUGCUACAUCAGCAUAUUACUUUUUAUUCUGAUGCCGUUGAAGGGAUUUUCUAGUCGGCCGCUAUAUCUGGAAGAAAAAACCGAAUCCAGCAAACAGAAGCGUAGGGUCCCUGCUGACAUUCGAAAGCGAAUUCGACGUGCUUGUUUGGGUUGUCGGUUAAAAAAAAGUCGUUGUACAGGAACGGUACCGUGUCAUUCCUGUCUAGCUUUAGGAAGUCAAUGUGUAUAUACGGAUGUAGAGAAGGAAAGGACCCCGUCCAAGCAGUAUAUCGCAGAAUUAAGUAAACGACAAAAAUGUUUCGAAUACUUAUUUGAACACAUUUGCCCUUCUGUCCCUCAAUGUACACAAGCGUUAGUCCAACUAUGCAAAAGUUUAGAGUCUAAUAUCAAACAAGGAACACCACUUGCUUCUUUGAUCAAGCCUGCAGUCAUUGAUGAAACUCUUUGCAAAUUUUCUUUGAACUCUGAAGAAGAGACUUCCGAAGAGUCUACGAAUCAACAGAAAGUAUACGUUUCCUCUGAACCCAGAGUUCCUGAUCAAUGUCUUUUGACUGAAGGGUCCAUUUCGGAUCGUUUUGCAAAAACAAUAAAACAUGCAACCAAUUUUGUACCCAAUGAACGUCUGUCUCAUGAUACGUUAGGGCCGGUCCUUAUAGGUCCAACUUCGUCUUCUGUUUUUUUGGAGGAAUUAGCUUCAUCCCUAAAUGUCCUUGAACGUGCUUCUCCGUGUCUGACUUCAGAGUCGCUCUCACCCUCUUUACAAUCUGUGGAAGCAUUCAAGUCUUGUUUACCUGUGCUUCUUCAGCGUGGUUUAAUCUCAUUGGGACCAAGUCCUGACUUAAAAUCAUCAAAUGUUACAUCGCAAUACUUUGAGUCACUGUCUCUUUUAGCUUGUCAAUUGCUACCUUCUCUAGAAACAGCAAGGCAACUGUCUCAAAUCUUUUUUGUUCGUUUUCAAUGUUUUUUGCAACUUUAUCCGCCUGCCUUUUUCUAUAAACGUUAUCAAAUCUUUUAUAAUAUUCCCAAACUGCCCAAUAAUUUGGACAUUGGUUUUCUUAUUGUAUCAAUGAGCAUUAUGGCUCUUGGCCAAUUGACCGCAAACAACGAUGGAAUUCAUAUCAAAGAACCUAUAGAAAAUGCAUUUGAGCUCCUAAACCUCAGUGAGCAAUUGCUCUUCUUCCUCUUACCAAAAUUCAGUCUGUCCACUGUGCAGGGAAUUGCUAUUGUCGCAUUUCAAUGUUUAUUAAUGGAUAGAAAAAAGGAAGCUUAUUCCUAUGUAGGAUUAGCUUUUCAUAUAGCUCGUGUCAUUGGACUGGAAGUAAUGGAUUCUACCCAAACCUUAGAUGACUCAGUUGCCCAAGAAACAAAUCGAAGAAUUCUGUGGUCUCUUCGUGUAAUUUCGUCUUUCUUGUUUUUACAGGCUGGGAUUACCCCAAUAAUUUCUUUGUUUCCAGUCAACGAUCUUUAUUUCCACAACUUGCCGAAUAUUAUACAUGAGUUAGAGGUUCCUCAUCUUCCAUCAACCGUUUUUUAUUUUACAAGUACGAUCAAGUUUUUUUCUAUUGCAGUUCCUUCACUGCUGUCCAUAUAUAAUCCAACAGGAAUUCACUCCAAUCAAGAGCAGGAUUAUGCCGCGCUUUUAUCGAAGGUUAAGGGUGCCUCUGAGAAAAUUAAUGAAUGGAAAAAGAGCCUUCCUCAUCAACAAGUAAAUGAUAUGCAUGACCGUACAAAUUCUUUGUUUCGUGGAAGCGUCUUCUUGCAUCUUUUAUAUCACCAUUUCAAUCUGUUACUUUUUCAAACUGUUGUAUUUUAUCACUUAAAGUACAAUACUUUUUCCUCAAAAUUUUCGUUGGUAACGGAAUCUACGUCCGUCAUUCUAGAUUCAAAUUCAUGUUUUCAGUCUGUACAGUCCAUUUUGUCACUUAUCUUACUACUACAAGAGAAUAAUCAAUUGGACAAUUGCUUUUCUUUGGAGUAUGAAAUUCUGUAUAUGGCAGCUUCGAUGUCUCUCUUGCUUUUCGUUACACGAGUUACUGAUGACAAGCCUUUUUUAAAGUGUAUUCAUCUUCUAGAAAGCAUGGGAUCUGUCUCAGUUAAUGCUAAGGAAAAGUUGAGCAAGUUAAAAACAGUAGCCUCAAAGUGUCAAAGUGAAUAUCUAGCUACACAACAAAAGUCAAGCUUUCCAGGCAACGAUCGUCCAUCCGAAAUUUGCAGUGUGCAAGAAGGAUACCUUGCAUGGAAAACAUGGAUACAAGAACUUUCGAAAGAUUCAGAUUUGCCCGUUGGGCAUUCAUUAAAAGCAAAUUCCAACGCUACAUCAUUAGAAAUGGAUUCACAUUCCAGUUAUGAGAAACACCCUUCGUCUACUGAAUCUAAUACAGCUUCUUCUCAUCCCUUUCUUUCAUGGCAUGAAGCAUUGCUUAGUAUGGACAUAGAGUCUAAUAAACUUAGCUGA